AAUCUGCGGCUAAGUCUCAGCGAAGAAGUACUCGGCGAAAACAUGGAGUCGGUGGUGUUUACGACGAUGCAACUUCCACCCUGACGCGGAUCCCUGCGAGAAGAAACGAACGACGACGGCGUCUCAGUGCAGCUUGCGAAGAGGGCCAGGAUCGGGUCGGAGGUGAUGGAAUUCGGUGUAGCCCGACGGGUGCCGUACCCGCCGCCGCCGAGGAGGAUGUCCUCGGACUACCCCGGGGCUAGUGUUAGCGCGCAAGAUGGCGAGUGCGCGAGUGCGCUCGUCCCGACCCACGGAAAGCCUCUUCCCAGCGGAGUUGAGGCUCCUCCAGGCGCCUGUGGUGUCCCGGGAGCACAGUCGUCCGUCGGGCGAUCGUCACUGGUUGUCCACCAGAGGCACAUGCCGAAGGAGCCCGACAAAUUCCAAAUCCCCAAGAAGGAGAAGAAAGCUCUGUUGAAGCAUAUCUCCAGUGAGUCACGGGAAUACGAGGGCGUGAAGAGCAUCCUGACGGCAGGUCACGUGGACACGGCCUCGGCAGCCUGCUUCACCUACAGCGGCAUGCGACUGGUCCACAGCGAGCAGCUGGAGAAGGAGUUUGUAGAGAAGAGGAGGGAGAUGAAGGCGGAGGGCCGUGUAGAUAAGGAGCUGGAGGAGAGUUACUGUUUCCUCUUGACCGACGAGGCCAAGGUUCCAUUGCUGUGCGAGAAAGGCCUGAUUGUGGGUCAAAACUGGCAGUCGGGCCUGGGAGACCCCAAUAAAGGGGUCUAUUUGUGCAGGUAUUCAGAUUUAAUUCAGGUUCAUCCGUUCCACCACGGAGCCUCGGGUCAGAUCAUCGUCUUCAAAGUGAUGAAGGGCAAAGUGAAGAGCAUCUACGAGAACAUCAAGAACGUGCUGGACCCCACGCCACGCUUCGACAGCCACCUGUCCAAGAAUGUCAGCAAGGUCACGUCAGUCGGCUCCUACCGCGCCUUCGAGUACACCCAACAUUACUUUUACGAGUACGACUUUGACGAGCUGAAAAAGCGCCCCCGCCAGGUGUGCCCGUACGCCGUGGUCUCCUUCCACUACAAAGGCAAAGACUCGCCGCUUCCCAGCAUGCCUUUGGCCCCUGUCAGGGCAAACAGCUGGCCAGGAGCGGCCAGUAAAGAGUCGGUGCAGUUCACCGUGUGGAGCGGCGACCUGGUGCACAACGGCAAGAUGGUCUCUCCCGUCUCCCUGCGCUCCUCGUCGCUGCCCUUCCUCCCGCACAAACUACCCGACAGGCUGAAGUUGGGACGCUUGAUGAGGCUGGACGAGGUGGUCCAGCUGCUCCCGCCUGAGCUCUUCUCCUACAACCUCUAUGGCAGCAGCAACAAGGAAGUCGAGAUGCGGGGGCAUCAUUGCAGCCUGCUGGAGGUGGUGGACCGAAGUCGCUCCAGCAACAACAUGAGCAGGCUGCUGCAGGAGUUGGAGGACAAGGGAGUGGUUUUGGUGAGCACGCUGACUGAGCGAGGCUUCCUCUUCCUGCUGUCCAGCGCUCAGAUGGUCACGCCCUCCGAGAGAGGGGAGAGUUGGAAGCGACGUCUCCAGGCCUUGUUCGUCUUCCCUGAGAGCAGAGAUGUGCACAAAUCCCCAUCCAGCUGUGCCACCCCCUGCCGCGGCCCCAGCUACGGCGGAAUAGCAGGACUGAAGCACUUCAUCCCGGCGCUGCAUCACGCCCUGGUCAAGAUCCACACCCACCCCACCUCGGAGCUCUCCACCGGCGUGGAGCUGCACGCCCAAGAGUACCUGGUCGGCCAGAAGGACGGCAAGGUGCCAACGUACCGCAUGGGCGAGUACGACGUCAAAGCGGAGGAGAAGGCUGCUGCCUCUCCGGCGCACAAACGUCACCGGCUCAGCACGGACGGCCACAUGCGCCCGUACCUUCACAAUCCGGCCCGCUACCAGCUGGCGGCGACUCAUGCCUCCAAGAUGGUGGAGCUCCAUUGCACGCGCUUGGAGCUUCCGGGGCCCAGGAAGGGGCAAGAGCCAGCCGGCAGCAACACCCACAAGUUGCGGCAACUGAUGGACUUGGUGAUGACCUGCAAGAGGAACGCCGAGAACGAGGUGAAGCGAGAGGAGGUGCGAGGAGAGCCCAAAUCAACGGGGGGAAAGCGAAGGAUGGACCAAAGGGUGGCCGAGCGAGCGCUCAAGUACUUGAAGGCCUCACAUGAGCCGUCGGAAUGGGAGAAGAGUCCGGUGGAGGGCAGGCAAACCGCAGCACCCCCCGGCUCGCUCGCCUUCGCCAUCGAGUCGGUGGGUCUGGCGGGCGUGGCCGUGCAGGAGGACGGAUCCGAGCUUGCUGGCAGACUUCGCAAACUGCUGACAGGUCUCAAGCAGGCUGCCAGAGUUGCACCGCAAAGAACCCAUAGCGCCAACGGUUCCGAGGAAGGCCGGGCCGAGUCGUCGCCCUUCGAGCGGCUGGCCGCCAAAAUGGGCCUGCCCGCCAACCGUGACAUCGACCUGAGGAAGCAGGACGAGCUGGAGGAACAGAUGGCGGGCAGCGUGAGUAGUCUGGAGGGAUUCAGUCCCGGCGGCGAGGGUUACCAUCACGAUCCGCGAGGAGGAAGCGGCGUGGGGAAGAGACCGCACGACGAGGACAUCCCGUGGAGACUCAUCCCCAUCACAGGUGAACGAAGGUGGCAGCUGCGCCUCUGUCAUCCUCAAGCUGCAUUCGUGGAAUCGAUCGAAUCCACUGCAGCCUUGCAAUAUAUCAUGCAGCAAGGUCUGCGCUCCGACAAGAAUGCGUGGAGGGACCAGAACCCCCCCCAGGACCCUCGCCUCCAUGGCGCCAUGGCACCCCUGCCGGAGCGAGCGCCCUCGCCCAGCCCCAUCUCAUCCCCCGGGGCCAGUCCCCCUCGGAGCCCGUGCCCUGAGCCCAGCCCCUCGCCUGAGCCUGGCCCCCCUGCCUCGCCCGGGUGCUGCCCUUCCCCUGAGCCCCCAGAAGCCCGCCGUCCCCCUUCUCCCACCGGAUUCCCGUCCAUCCUGCCCUCGCCCGACCGGCGUCAGGCAUCGCUGCCUCGAGAGCAAAGAAGCCAUGCGGACGACCAGCAGCAGGUUGCUUCCCCUGCCUCCAGGGAGUGCCUCCAAGCUGAUGCGUCGAGUGAAGUCUCUAGUGACACGUCGGCACGGAACAACAUAACUGCAGAACGCAACACCGACGGCAGAGAAGAUCAAGAGCCCUCCGCACAGACUUCUGCAGAAGUGAAGAAGGAAGCCACGGACGUGGUCGACUUGACCAUAUCUUCGGAGGAGGAUGAGUGCGCCGUGGUUUUGGUCUCCUCGCCCCCCCCCGAUCUUCGAGGCAUCGACGCCAUCCUGGACAAUCACCUGGGCCACUUCUCGACCGACUUGCAUCUCUUCUUGCGGGAGGAGAGCAUCAACUGCAGAUUCCCCGAAACGCCGCCUUACCGUCCGCCCGAGGCGCCGAGCGCCGCCCCGCCGCUGGUCAGGCCCUUUUCCCAGUACGUGUCGCCGUACCACCUGUGUCCGCCGGUCCAGGGCUAUGUCAGCUCGCUGCAGGAGGGCUUCAGCAGCAUGUUGCGGGACUACCGUGACCACCUAGCAAGCCACGAGCCCGAGUCUGCGCUCGCCAGCACCGUCAGCGCCUUCGUGUCCAGCAUCAGGGCCGGAACCGACGAAGACGGAAUGGAACAAACCGAGGCAGCGAGAGAAAAUGAAGCAGGGCGACCGACGACGCCCGCUGGACAGCUUUCGGACCCUCCGCCUCACGCUGCCCCUCGACCCCCCUCGGUUGACCUGCACACGAACCACCAAGCAUCCCCCGCUCAGUCCACCCAAUCCAACUGCGUCUCCACGUCUUCGGAACUGCCCAUGUCCGGCGUGGAGCCUGGCCCGGAUGCCCUCUUCCUCCCGCCGGCAGAGGCGCUGAGCAGCGUCAUCCGGCAGCUGAGGCCCGAGGUGCUCAGCAACCUGUGUGACAUCAUUAAGGAUGUUCAGAGGAGCUCUGUGAUGCAGUUCUACGUGCACGCCGUCCAGCCGGACGACCAGGUGGUCAGGGACGUCAAGGAGUACCUCACGCAGCAGGGGCACACGGAGCAAGAUCCCGUCUCCUUCUUGAAACAAGAAGUCUCCGAUGGCAAACUUCUGGUCGUCAUCAAGAAAGAAGACAUAGCCGAGCACCUUCACGAGAUUCCCGGACUGGUUUCGCUCAAGCAGCACCGGUCGGUGGUCUUCUUAGGCAUCAACACAGUGGAGGACUUCAGGACGAACGCGUGCGAGGAGCUGUUAGCGGGCGGCGGCUGCGUCCUGUCCGAAGACUUCGUCCUCAAUCCCGACCUGGUCACUUCCGAUCAACUGGAGACCUUAUUGGCGCUCCUGUGGCAACGCAACUCUCCGGAAAAUGUUUGGAGGUGGAAGAUUCACAGCAGACCCUUCAAGAAACUGGAAGAACAGGCCAGGUUCCGGAGCGACGCCGCCGCUCUGCUGGGUGUGGUCAUGGAGCACCACCAGCGGAAGAUCGUGGAGUUCCUGCCGCAGCAUCACUGCGACGAUAAGCAGUCGCCGCCCAACCUCCAUUGUCUCAUCCAACAUCAAGCCCGGCACACCUGCUUCAGACACACCAUCUUCCUCAAAGUGCAUAGUUUAGACUUCAUGCAGUUCUCCAAGAGUGGCAUCAUCGCAGCCGGCAUGGAUGAGAUGUUGCACAGUUUCGACGCGCUACUCGGCCAACACAACAACAAGCCGACUGUCGCCGAGGACCCGCAGGCGGACCGAGGUACAGCCAGGAAGUUGAGUGUCGACGACACGAACGGCGGCGGCACGGAGCAGCAGGCCCGCCACCCCGACCCGAGCCUCACCGACGCCUCGGAGCAGCACGUUUUGGAAGCUUCGCUGGCGGAAAGUGAGACCCAGCACUCGGAAAAAGACCUUGAAAUGCUCCACAUGGCCAUCUCGCAGCUGCGAGCGCAGAUGCACCAGAAACCGGGUUCUGACGCCGAGAGCGGAGGCUCGCCGGCACGGCCGGCGGCAGUGCCACCGGCCAAUGAGAAGACGGCUGCAGAUUCCACUGAUGACAGACAAGAGGAGGCGGAGGCGGCGGGGUCUUCAAGUUCCAAAGAAGCAGAUGACCGAGUCACCUCCAGCACAACUGCCUGUCCUGUGGAGGGCGACGCUAUUGAACGCAGAGUGUCUGAUCCAAACUGGUCGCGAAAGCAUGACAGGGACUUGCGCGCUCGCCAGAGUUCGUCCCAUGCCCCUUCCGCUUUCAGCCAACAACAGCAAAGGUGGAGGGGUGGCAACCACUACCAGAACCACCAGUACCAAGACUACCAGAACCAACAUCAGCAGCAUCCCCAACACUCCAAUUUAUGUUCAGACCCGUACAGGUACCCCACGUGGGGCUUUCCGGGACAACAAGGGGCGUACGGUGGGUAUUGGGACUGGCAGCAGGGAGGAGGGGGCUUCAAUGGUAUGUAAGACCCCUGAAGCAGGUCUGUCCAAACCUGGUCAUCGAGGUCUGCUGUCAUGCAUAGUUUCGAGGUUUCCAAAUGAUCACGCUCGUUUCUUCAGAGCUUGCUGAGACAUUUGAAUCGGGUGUGUCGGAAGGGGUGGGGGGGGGGAUCAUGUAAAAUGUGCAGAAGGGGACCAAAGUUGGACAUCCCUGCCCCCAACUAAACUACUUUCUUCUCAUCGCCCCAGAACUUGUGACAAUUAACAAACCAGGCAGGUGUGUUGACCUGUUCUGGCUGCAGGGGGCGCUGCGAAAAUAAGACAGGUGCUCAAGUGGAUCCUAAAGUUGUUUCCUAAAAUCACUGGUAGACAUUGUUCUAAGAGAGUUCUAAGUUGUCGUCUUUGGUGUUAGCACGUUGCUAACGCAAAGGCGAAUGUAUCUUCACUCCAAAACAAACGUUAGCAUACAAUGGACCAUCAUGAAAACUGUGUUUUGAUCCCCAGAAAAUGUUGUUAAAUUGAUUUUAACUUAAGUUUUUUUUUUACUACUGUUUUAACUUCUCUUUUUUUACACAUUAAAACCUCAGUAAAAAAAUGUUAAA